AUGGCCCCCAGCGAAUUACGUGGACCUCCCCUUCCAGACUCCGACGCAACCCUCCACGAGGUGUUUUAUCAGAACGUUGUGAAAUACCCCGAUACCGUGGCCCUUGUCAGUACCCAGCAAGCCGCUGUUCUGUACGGAAUCCCGAGCCUGUCCAUCGACACCGCCAAACGUGAAGCGGACUAUCUACGAUGGACCUACCGGGACCUCGAUCGCGCUAUACAGCGACUUGUCACUGGUUUACAAAGUCGAGGACUGAAGAGAGGUGACGCAUUGGUUAUAUCCAUGCCAAAUAUCGCCGAAUACGUCAUUGCCACCUGGGCUGCGUACCAAAUCGGCUGCACCUACGUUCCAAUCAACCCCAAGGGUCUAUCCAAUGCCAGAGAGAUGCGGCAUAUGUUGCAGACCGCGAUAAAAGGAUGUCAGUCAGACUUUUUGGGCAUCAUUGCCGGAACAUCUGAUAUAUGUGUGCGUAUUGAUGAGCUGACGUCCGAGCUGAACUGCAUGAGAAUAUUGGUCGAAGGGGAGAUGGAUGGGUGGACACCAUUUAAGGAGCUGAUGCAGAAUCCAGCUCCAGACUCCCAGCAAAGCCUAUGCAGAGGUCACUACUCAAAACUUUCUGAUCGAACAAUCUUCUUCACCAGUGGAACGACGUCUCUCCCGAAAGGUUGUAUUAUGCCAUCAGCGUAUGGCUUUGCGGCCGCUUUAUGCUGGCGCCAAAGCAGUGUUCCUAUGUUGCCCGGGGAUCGGGUAUUAUUUACAUUGCCAAAUAACCACGGAUUUGGUUGGCUUUGUAUCAUAUCUAGCUUCCUUAACGCAGCCACAGCUGUGCUUCCGGGACCAAGGUUCAUUCCAGAGGCUGUGAUAAAGGCCAUCCGGGAAGAGCGAGUGAGCCACGCUGGAUUGGUGCCAACCAUGCUGCACGCUCUGAGCAAUGUACCAAUUGCAUCCAGGAAACUGAAUUCCCUUAGGCGGAUUGUAAUGGGAGGCUCUCCCCCAACCGAAGAGGUCAUCAGGAUCUGUCUCGACACGUUAGGUGCGUCGGGGGUGGAAAAUCUCUACGGUAUGACCGAGGGCAUACUUGUCUCUUCUGGUGUGGUGAGCCAAGCCAGUGAUAUUAUCAAAGGUAGAAUUGUUUCUAUUGGCACGCCGCUCCCUGGCAUGACUGUCCGCAUAUACGCCAAGGACAGCAAAGUGCCAACUGUGGCUGGAGAGGCUGGCGAGAUACACUUCUCAGGUCCAAGUCUGAUCAACGGAUAUAUUGGAGGAGCCGAUGGUAACUUCUACAACGGAGAGGAUGGCCGUCCAUGGUUCCGCACUGGUGAUAAAGCCUUCAUUGGUGGCGACGAUCGUCUCUACCUGAUUGGUAGGUACAAGGAUACCAUUAUCCGCGGAGGGGAGAACAUUGAACCACAAGCCAUCGAAGCGGUCCUGGGUCAAAUCCCUGAAAUAAAUAUUCUUCAACCUCAAAUUGUACGUGCACCGGACAAUAUCGCUGGCGAAGUUCCUAUUGUCGUGGUGAACCAGGAAGUCGAUGACUGCACAGCAAGAAGACUUAAAGACACCGUCUUGACCCAGAUGGGAAAUCUUUAUGUUCCGGCAGAUGUGAUACCGAUACAGGCACUAGGAUAUGAAAGAUACCCUGAUACUAUGGCAGGAAAGGUCCAAAAGGCCAAACUAGAAGACCUGGUCAGGACAUAUUGGGAACACCAGCAUACGCAAGGCAGUCACAGUAUCGAUGGGCCCAUUUCAGGCCCUCAAGUCACGCAGUCAUUGUGUAUGGCCAUCGAAAAAGAGCAGGGACAUCCGAUUGACCCCUUUCUUCGGAUGAUUGAGCUAGGAGUUGAUUCAAUCCUGUCUAUCGCAAUUCUCAAGCGCGUCCAGGCAGAAACAGGAGUAUCAUUGCCAUCAUCUCUGUUCUUCACCCAGGCAACAGUCGGUGCAAUCUGCCAACAGAUCAGUUCCAUUUCGGACCCGGCAGACUUUCUUAAUUUCGCACCCGUCAUGGAAGACGCACCUAGCAAUCCAUGCUUUUCAGUCCUGCUCCAGGGAACCCCUAGAGCUGGCAUUCCCUCCCUCUUCCUUACCCCUCCAGGCUCUGGAAAUGCGUUCGUGUACAGAACGCUGCCUAAAUUUGCCAACGACUGUGCAGUCUAUAGCUUUGGCUCUCCAUUCCUCAUGACCAAAUCCGAGUCCUCUUGGACGAUAGAAGAUACUGCUGCCAUUUACGCAAACACCAUUCGCAGCAUUGAUCCACAAGGGCCAUAUAUACUAUGCGGCUGGUCAAUGGGAACAGCCACUGCCUACGAAACCGCAUACCAGCUCCACGAACAAGGAAAGCAAGUUCUAGGGAUAAUCAUGCUUGACUUGGCUUUGCCUCGGCCCCCUCCCAAGAUCCCAGAGGCAACCGUUGAGCUGUUUGAAAUGAUGGGCGUAUUCCCCCCCAUUCGUCGUGAAGGCAAGCCUGACGUGGAGAUUCCCGCUUUUCGGAAGAAGCAUCGUGUCGCAGCUUACUACGCGAAAAUGAAAUAUGUGCCUCGCCCCUUCAACACCUCAGGCAAUGCAAGCCGACCGCAGAUAUUUGUCAUCUGGGCUGGGCAUGGCGAUCAUGACAGGAUGGCAGCCAUGGUUCUCGAAGCAAUGGAUCUUUUGAAGAAAGAGGGACCGGGGACAAAAAUGAAAAUUAGCGAUGACUGGCUUCAUCUCCCUCGUGAAUCUUUUGAUGCUGGUGGCUGGGAUGAAAUGGUUGGACCGGAGAAUGUCGAAUGGGGCGUUGUAGAAGACGCCGAUCAUGACACGCUUAUAGAGUCAGAAGGACUGGUGGUUUUGACUAAGGGCUUGAUGGAAGAGGUAAUGGAUAAAUGGCUGCGAGAAAUGGAGGUUAAGCAGCCCAACAGUUCAGGUUGA